AUGAACUUGCAUUCAUCAACGGUGGUGCGGGUGCUGGUAUGGCUGAGCUGCAUGUGUGGUUUCUUGUACCAAACGUCGGAGAUCAUCGAGAUGUACCGCCGUUACCCGUUCACGGUCACCAUCAUCGAGGAAGUGCGCCAGAACAUCAUCUUUCCUGGAUUAACCGUGUGCGUUGAAAGCUGGAUCAAUACAUCACGGUUGUGCGAGCUGUACCCGAAUUCAUGCACCGUUGAAGCUCAGACGAUGGCCGAGGAUGUGUACCAGGUCCAAUUCGAACCCGAGAUGCGGCAGCGCAUCGCUUUGGAGCAACGGGACCUGUUCCGUUGCAGCAUGCGCUCCACUGUCAGCUCUUGCUUCUCCUUCAACUGCCUCGAAGUGAUGAGGAUGACGUAUUUCCGAUCCCCAGCUUCCAUGUGUUACACGGUGGACGCAAAUCAGUGGGCGGACCGGAAUCACCGCUUUCAUAAAUGCAACGUGCCUUGGACCUGGGGACUCACGUAUACUGUCUCCGUGGCACAGCAAACAGUUCGUCGUCUGCCACCCCCAUUCGCAUCUAAAUGUUCGGAUUACAAGGCAGCCGGAAAGAAGGACGAGUUCCUGGGGUACCUAACUCAAGAUCUGUGCAUUCAAGAGUGCCUCAUAAAACAAGAAAUGAAAAGAUGUCACUGCAUCAGGCCUCAACACGAGUAUGGCUCUAACUUUAAAGCGCCGACUUGCAGCUACCAUAAUACGGCCAUCUGCGACAAACUGAUCACGAACAAGACUGUAACGAAAUGCAUGAAGAAGUGUGGAGCGCCAUGCGAAGAGACGUCGUACGAUGUGCGUCUUACAAGCCUGGGAGAGGACCGGAAAGAGAAGGAAAGGAAUUCGUUUUCAGUCUAUGUCAAGUUCUCCUCCGACUCGCAGAAAAUUUUUGAGUACCAACCAAAGCUGACGCUCAUCGAAGCGUUUGGUUACAUGGGAGGAUACAUCGGCAUGUGGCUGGGGCUAUCUCUGUACUCUCUCAUCACCGAUGCCGAACAAUGGCUGAGGAACUUCUUCAUUCAGAAAGCUCUCAAAAGGAAGGCGCCUCUUGAAAUGUUAAACUCUUGA